ACUUUGACUUAGCUUUAAUCUAUAUCAAGUAAUUUGUUAAAGUUCUAAAAGGAUGGAUUUUGAAGGAUCUCUUACUCCACCACUCUCUCCUGGAAUAUUGAACAGUGAACCUUUUGUUGAUUCUUCACCUAUACUUGGGGCAAAGCAUAGGAGUGUUCAGCACAGGGACGAGAAUUUGAGAAAAAUCGAUAUCAAGUGCGUAGAAUACCCUGGACCUGUUGUAUGCAAGCGUACCAUUCACAGAGCUUUGUAUGAGAUUGACAGCAGCUUUGAGGAAACAUAUGUUGGAAAUGCACAUACAUAUUGGAACGUAGUACCAUUUGCUGAUAUUACAGAUUCAACUCAUAAUUGUGAAGAUUACAGACGAAAUAUAAUGAACGAAAAUAAGUGUUUAAGUUGUUUGAAUGAUGCUGAUGAAUGCUCUGACCUAUUUUAUCAAGCCAUGAUGUAUCUUCAGGAUCUUGAUGACUGUGUUAAAAUUUGGAUGAAAAUGACGAACAUGAACAAUAUUCAUUAUGUCAAUGUGGCAAAAAAAUACAGAAAAUUAAUCAAUGAAACACUUUCUUUUGUCUGUGAAUUUGUUCAAUCGUACAAUAACGAAGAUGAAGGAAAUAUUGAUUCUAUCAUUCAGAUAGUGAAUAUGUUAGUGAUGUUGAAUAAUCAGAUACAGAAUUCAUUGCAAAAUUGUUUGAUAGGAAUAGCAGAGGAAGAUAUAGAAGUUUCUGAAUAUGAUGGAAGAAUCAAAAGCACACCACUCAGAGAAUUGCUUCAUGUGUACGUGGACAUCAACUCUACAUUUCUUAAACUCCUUCCACUUAUUGCAAAAUUUCCAUCUGUUACCAGAAAUUUGGAUUCAAUCAAGAUCUUUUACAACAACGGCAUCGAGAUUGAUGCUCAGGAUUUUCAUCGGAAGAUUAUAGGAAAAAUCAUCACUCAGACAGUAGGAUUUGCAAUGGAAAAAUAUCACAAAUUAUCGGCAAAUUUUAAAAAUAAUAGAGGGCAGUUUAUUCAAUCAAGUUUGUUCAACAAUACUCCGUUUCCAUGUUUGUGUCUUCAACAACUUCUUGUUCUAUGUAUCUACACUAUAUCAAAAUUGCAAACGCAAAAAUCAACAGAUAAUCUUGAUUCAAUGGAUACACAGUCCAAUGUACUUGAUGCUGGUUGUGUGAAUUUUCCAUUAAAAGCAAUUGCUCCUUCAGUUUGGAAGACGAUUUCUGAAUUGCUUUUCUCAAUUAUACAGGUUUCUCAAAGUAAAAGACUCAAGCAGCAGGAUUCUCAACAUAUAAAUGGACCAUCCUUACCUUGGUUUGAUCAUAUACAAGAUUCUUUAUCAUUCUGUUGGUGGUAUACAUGGCAUGUCGCACAUUUGUUUUCAUUUGAUUCCACAGGCAAUUACCAGGUGCAUUCUGUGACUUCAACCUCAUAUUUGCCAAUCCUCAGUCGGUUGAUCAGACUUUCAUUAACAAGUUGUGAUGGCGAUUCAAAAUUACUUGCUGCUCAUUUAAUAUGCUAUCAAGCUAUAUCAUCGUUUUGGAGAAAAACUUCUGAUACGUUUUCAGGCAAUGUGACGUCAGCCGAACUCGCCCAUUUUCAUUUAAUUUGGGCUCAUUUUAGCAAAAAACUCAACUCUGUGAAACAAAGUGAUAAAUCAGGAAUUAAUAAGUAUACUAUGAAAGAAGAUAAAUCACUCUCUCCACUUGUAUGGAUAACUAAAUGUGAAAAUUAUUUGAAAUAUGAAAAACAGUAUCUUGCUAAUGAAUCACAACACAUUUAUGAAGAUUCUUUCAAUAGAUUUUUAUCAAUAUUUGGUGAACUAUUGAGCAUUGGAUGUUGGGGUGCAUUGAAGGACAGAUUUUAUUCCAAAAUCCAGUUGAAUGACAUGAAAAAUCUGAACGAUACCGGAAUGUCAAGAUUGUAUAAGAUCUUUAUACUGAUUUUGUUAUCAAGUGAGAAUGACACUGAAAGAAUAAAUGGAGUGAAGAAAUUAUUGGAGUUUUUAAAUAGUGCAUAUCUGGGAAAAACUGACUAUAGAAAACAAAAAGUCAUGCUAACAGGUUUAUUUUCAUGCGUCCACCUUGCUGUGAGGUUUUCAAUAGAUAUGUCUGCAAUAUCAACUAAAUGUGGGAAAAUGAUGUCAUUUGUAUUCAAAUUAUUUUCAAGCAGUGAUCAAAAUAUGGAUGCACGUAAUUCAUUGUGGAGAAUCAUCUCAUUCUAUUUGCAAAAUUUGUCAGAAAUUUGUCGAAGUUCAAGUUCAUUUCAUCUUGGUCAACAUCUUCUUAUACCAGCGAGUGGAUUUAGAAUUGCUCUCAGUAAAACACGAUCGAGUGAAUCCAUCAUUGUCCUCGAGAACAUUUCUGCUUGCAUAACGACUUUUUCAUCACAUCUCAAGCAUUGUGAGAGAAAAGAAUCAAUAACAGGUUGUGUUUUGCUGUUACAAAACAUCGUCAAUCAAUCGAUUCCAUGGAUAAAGGAGAAAUCUAGAGUCGAAAUAACAUAUUCAGAAGAAAUAGUUAAUGUUGUAACAGAUUUAUGUCUCUUAUUAUUGCAAAUAAAAAACACAGCAGCGGAUUUGCCACCGAUAUCAGCCUCUCUUCCAAAUGUUGUGGAAGAUUUUAGUUGUUCAUCUGAAGUCAAACUAAGGACAAGAUUUUUAUUACUCGUUGGAAUAUUAUCUCAAGAAAAUGAAGAGAUGGUUCUGUUUCUUAAUAAUAAAUCAGUCGAAUCGGACUCUUGUAGAUCGUCAGUUAUACAAGGAUGUCUGAAAUGUGUUAUUUCACAUUCCAAUGAAAAGGACCAGACUCGUCUAGUAACGUCUUUGUUGAAUAUUGAUGUCAUUAAGGAAAUUUUCAACAAUCCAACAUCAUCAAUCAAUCCAUGUUUUAACGACUUUCUCUGUGCUCUAGGAUCAAGAUAUGAUGCUUCUAAGACCUUCAUUGAACGUAAGGAAAGAAGAGAGCAGGCUACUGUAUGGUUUACACCUAUAUCUGAUGUAAUACGUUCUUUUUCUAAAUCUUUGACAACCACCGACAGGGAAACCACAUUGAAUAUCUAUAAAACUUGCGGUCAAAUAGUUCACCACUGUUCUAGGUUAUUGUAUGCCUCAGGUAAAUCAGGAAUCAUAAUUCAAAUCAUUGAUACUUUGAUUCUUCCACUAUGGAUUUAUUCAUCUCAAGAUAAAAAUGCUCAUUUAACUGUGUUGAGGGUCAUUGGUCAUACAUUGCAUAUGUAUAUUAAAGGUCUUAUGUCACUGGACUACAAGCGUGAUAGUUAUGUCAGGAGAGUGAUGUCUGAUAUAUUCAACAUAUACUUGACAAGAUUUCCCACUGCCACAAAUUCUGCUUCUCAUCCGUUUCGACAAGUACUUGCGGAUAUUAGGACAAAUUUAGAACAUCGCACUUCAAUAAUAAGAUCAUUAAAAGAUUGUUGUAAAACUGGUCCUAAUUCAGACACAAAGCUCACCAUGGUAAUCGAAAUUCUGCAUUCUUGGUCCUUAUCGGCGAAUAGUUUUGUUCCUGAGGAGAUUGCAGAGAUAUCGCAGUUAAUCAAACAAGCAAAAUUCACUUUGAGAAGUCUACCCGCAGUUAUGUCCAAAGUCAAUCAUAUGGAAUCCAUGUGCAAUAAAUGAUGUGUUAGUCCUGCUAUGUUUACAAAAGUUUAUUCUUAGAAAUAAAUGGUAGUUUUUCUAAA